AUGACAUCUUCAGACUCGCCACGGAAUGAGAUCUUUCGACUCACCACGAAUGACAACAACAACGGCGUCAUUGUUCUGAAAGUGAUGAAGACAGCUGGACCAACCGCAAAAUCUGCGAAACCCGGUCGGCAGAUGAAAGAAAUGAAGAUUGGACUGGAAGGAAUAUUUCAGGAUGUUGGGAAGUGA